AUGCUUAAUUACUUAUUAAAGAAGGUUUUCAAAAGAUACUUCAAUUAUGAUUUAAAUAUCACAAUGGAAGAUCCUUAUUAUGACAAAAUUCCAGUCAAUAAUAAGAAAACUAAAUUCAAAAAGAUAUCUAAGAAAGUUCCAGACAAUUUAUCAGUGAAUGACUUGACUAUUUUAUCUGACUUUAAGAGAAAAGCUUAUCGAUAUGAUAUGGCAUUUAAUUUCAUUGGAGUUCCCUUUGGAACUUCUGCAAUUGUUCAAUUAUUACCAUUUGUGGGGAUAAUUUUAACCACUUAUCAAUCUUUACAAUUAGUCUACAUGACUAGAAGAUUGACCAAUGGACUCCCACCUGACCUUAUUAUAUUUUUCAUCUUCAACAUUAUAGUGGACCUUUUAUUAGGGUUAAUUCCAAUUGUUGGUGAUUUGAUCACUAUAUCUUAUAAGAGUAACACCAGAAACUAUGCUAUUUUGAAAAAGUAUUUGGAUAACGUAAGUGCCUAUAAUAGUAAUGAAAUUCUUUUGAAAGAUUUAAGAAGUAAUUGGUUCAACAAUUUCUUCAAUUGGAGAAAAGACGAUUUAUCUAUCAAGAUAAGAUAA